AUGCUCUGUUGUGAUCAUUACAAUGUCAGACCAGACAUAGUAACAUUAGGCAAAGCCCUUUCUGGCGGUCUCUACCCAAUUUCGGCAGUUUUGGCUGACGAUGAAAUUAUGUUAACAAUAAAACCAGGCCAACACGGGUCAACUUAUGGAGGAAAUCCUUUAUCUGCAAAAAUAGCAAUAGAAGCAUUAAAAAUUAUUAAAGAAGAAAAUUUGUGUGAAAAUGCUUCAAAAAUGGGAAAUUUAUUAAUUAAUGAAUUGAAUAAAUUACCCAAAAAUGUAGUCACUUCUGUUAGAGGGAAAGGACUUUUAUGUGCUAUUGUUAUUAAUGAAUGUUAG